UGUGUAUUUUAAAAUUAUAUAUUUAACUCACGACACACGUUUAAUAAUUUUCCCAAUUGAAUAACGAAUAAUUUAGGACCAACCCACAAAAUAAAGAAACAUAAAGAUUCAUUAAUUCAAAACUUCUAAAUUUGGAUGAUUUCAACUUUUGCACUAACUUUUUUUAUUAGAACGAGGGCAUAUGUUGAACGAGCUAUGAGACUGACCUUACGUUGUGAACUAACAAGGCACUAUUCAAAAUCGGUGCUUCUGGGAUAUUUAGAGGAAGUGGUUAGCUCGGUUAGAAAUGGUCACCAUGCUAGUGGUUGAUUGAUGCUCGGAUGCCCAUACCUCAUUAUGAAAUGCAAGAUAAUAAUUAUGGUUCUUUGAUUUGAGAAUAUGAUUUUACACAAUAUUCCAUGAUUAUGAAAAUACUAUUAAAUCAUAUUUAAUGCUCAUCAUAUAAUGCUUGUAGUGUUUAUCGAUAAACUUCCUUCUUCAAAAUGAUCGAUUAAUUCCUUGACUCUCCACCCCCUUAGUAGUUGGCCCUUUUCGGUGCUUAUUUUUGCUUUUCAUUUCCAGAUGUCAGCCAGUCUUUAUCUUUAUAGCUUUCCCCCAAUUCUCCCCAUGUGGAUCUUAAUAGGGGAAUUGAAAACUAGAGUAUUGGUUGGACUUUUUUUCCAAGAGAUUUAGUGGGCAUACCAUGGUGAGGAUAUUUGCCCCAAUUCUGAGAGUGACCAUUACUUUGCUAUCUAUAUCAUCCCUUAGUCUUUUUUUUUUUCACUUUCCUGUUUUUCUCCCCAUGCUUCCAUACCUACCCUUUCAUAACUUCUGUUAGUGAUAUCAUGUGGAUAGCGUUUUCAUAGCUUCCUUUAGUGAUAUUGUGGGUAGCUUCCUAAUGAUAUAUUGGGCUUUCAUCAUUUUAUACGAAAACUAAUUAAUAUUCAAUAAGAAUUAAUCAAACUUUUUAUCAUAUUCGACAUCAUUCCAUAUGAACUUAUUCUAAGAGUCAUCAUUUGGGUGAUCCAUUCCCAUGCUUAAGAGUGAUAUUCUUGCACACCAACAAAUAUCAAGUUGGUUUAAUAAUUUCAAGUCCCACCUCUGGUUAAGGUUUUCUUUUGUGUUUUUCUCUUCUAUUUCUUUAACAGUACUUCUAUUAUAUUUAGGCUUGUCUAAUUACUUUGGUGUUAGACAAGCAAGUGAACUAGUUUUGGCUGUUUUUUCUUUUUGGGGUUUUUUUUAUUCACCCAUUCUUGUGCUGUUGAGUGUUGACUCAUCUUCACGUAACAGCUGAGAUCAUCUGGGAGGUAUUAUAAUGUAAUGGCUGCACUCGUGCUUCUGCGCCAUUAGAGCAUCGAAUCAUCCUCUUCAAAAUUUCUCUUGUUUGCCAGUUUCAAACCAGUGCACAAAGCAAAGCGUGAAAAGCAAGACGAAAGGAAAAAUUCGAAUAGUAGAUGAUGAUAUGGAUAUGGAUGAUUUUCUGGAGGAACCUCCGCCGCUUCGCUGCUCUCAAAAUUUUCUCGUCCAGGCGCCUUCAGAUGUCUUCAAAUAUUCGAAUGGAGGAAAUUCGAUUUCUGACCAAACAGUUGUUCAAGUCCUCGAUCAAAGGGAUUGAGAAAGUGGAAAUCAAGUCGGCCUUUAAUAUAUUAGCUUUUAAUAUCAUAAUGAAGAUGCUUACAGGAAACAGGUAUUUCGAAGAUGAUGACCUGAACUCAGAUGAAACUAGGCAUAGAUUGGAUGACAUUAAGCAGACCUUCAGUCCCUCCAGGCAGGUGGGUCUGGGAGGCUUUCCAUUCCUGAGGUGGUGUACUUUUCGUGAGGCCAGGCAGAUGAAGAAAUUAUAUAGAAAGAGGGAUUUAUUCUUGAAGGCCAUGAUUGAUGCACGUCGAAACAUUAGAUCUUCUUCUUCUAUUAUUCAUGGGGAGAGGAGGUCAAUAAUCAUAGAUACUAUGUUAUCUCUGCAAGAAUUGGAACCUGAAUUCUACACUGACGAUAUCAUCAAGGGAAUGAUAAUGGUGAUGCUGAUAGCAGGGACAGAUGCAUCAGCUUCAACUUUGGAAUCGGCUAUAUCGCUCUUAGUAUCACAUCCUGAUCCAUUGUGUUAUGAAUGAAACACUAAGAUUAGGUCCUGUGGGGCAAUUCAUACCUCCCCGGGACGCAUCAGAUGAUUGUGUAAUAGAGGUUUCGACAUCCCACGAGGAACGAUGUUGUUGGUGGAUUCUUGGGCCUUGCACAAGGACCCCCAGCUGUGGGAAGAUCCCACAAUGUUCGAGCCAGAAAGAUUUGAAGGGCCCCAAUCUGAGAAGGGCGGGUUAAAGUUCACGCCAUUUGGCUUAGGUAGAAGGCAGUGCCCUGGUGCAGGUUUGGCAAUGAGGCUAAUAGUAUUGUCAUUGGGCACUCUCAUUCAGUGCUUUGACUGGGAAGCGGUUGAGAAGGCUGGGUCUGAGGCGAGCGUGUCUAGCGAGUUCAUGUUUGCACCUAGAAAAACUUCAAUUCAUGUACUUUCUCAGCUGUAAACUAUUCCUGAGAUGCUUGACUAGCUAUUGUUCCGAUGGUUUUAAUUGCAUGAUUUGUAGCUUGUUUUAAUUCAGUUGCAACCAUAUAUAUUGUGUGUACGAAUGGGUGGUCAUGAUCCCAGUGAUUAUAUG